AUGGCCCAUCUGUCCGUCGAUUCGGCCGAAGCUCCUCGUAUCCGUGAUGAACCAACAGAUUACCCGCUCGCGCUUUCAUGCGCUGAUAUAGAAAUGCCAUCGAUGCCAUCGGGUGACGGCGGAGCCUUGUCCACCUCACGGGCAACACUCGACCGUUGGUGGUCCGGGGCUCUCAGGGGCUCGGAUCGGCUUGCACACGAUUGGCGCGGGCGCACCUUGACCGCCGCGGGUUGGCCGUUGCAGCGCUGCAUUGGUGGGGAGCUGCCCCGCGCCAGGUGGGAUGAAGCUCCAACAGCUCUCUUCAAUAUGGAGGGCAAAUCUAACAAGUCAUUCGUCCUCAACAAGGUGAAGGACGUCUCCUUCGAAGACCGGCCCGUCCCCAAGCUCACCGCUCCGAACGAUGUCCUUGUCGCCAUCGCAUACACUGGCAUUUGCGGCUCAGAUGUUCACUACUGGCAACAUGGCGGCAUCGGAAAGUUUGCCCUGACUGAGCCUAUGGUCCUUGGCCAUGAGUCCGCCGGCGUCAUCGCCCAGGUCGGCGAGGCCGUUACCACACUCAAAGUUGGCGACCGUGUCGCCGUCGAGCCCGGCUACCCAUGCCGCCGGUGUCCAAGCUGCCUGGCUGGCAAGUACAACCUCUGCCCGAAGAUGCAAUUCGCCGCCACGCCCCCAGUCCACGGAACCCUGACCGGCUUCUGGGCGGCCCCCGAGGACUUCUGCUACAAGCUCCCGGACAACAUGUCCCUGCAGGAGGGCGCGCUGAUUGAGCCCCUCGCCGUCGGCGUGCACAUUGCCCGCAUGGCGCAACUGUACCCAGGACAGUCCGUGGUGGUGAUGGGCGCGGGCCCGGUCGGCCUGCUCUGCGCAGCGGUCGCGAAGGCCUUUGGCGCCUCGACGAUAGUGAGCGUGGACAUCGUGCCGUCGAAGCUCGAGUUCGCAAAGGGCUUCGCCGCCACGCACACAUACCUGUCGCAGCGCAUCUCGGCCGAGGAGAACGCCAACAACAUCAAGCAGCAGUGCGGCCUGCCCGAGGGCGCCGACGUCGUCAUCGACGCCACCGGCGCGGAGCCCAGCAUCCAGGCGUCCGUCCACGUGCUCAAGAACGGCGGCCACUACGUGCAGGGCGGCAUGGGCAAGGCCGACAUCACCUUCCCCAUCAUGGCGUUCGCGGUCAAGGAGGCCACCGCGCACGGCUGCUUCCGGUACGGCAGCGGCGACUACAAGCUUGCCGUGGACCUGGUGGCGAGCGGCAAGAUCGACGCCAAGAAGCUGAUCUCCCAGGUUGUUCCGUUCGAGAAUGCCCUAGAGGCGUUUGAGAAGGCGAAGGAGGGCCAGGCUAUCAAGAUGUUGAUUGCUGGACCAAAUGAGAAGAUCUAG